UUUGGUCUGCGCAUAAAUACGAGUCAUAAUUAUCCCUCCUGGUUUUCAUAUAAUCAUUCAACUGUUAUGUAAUGAAAUAACACAUCAAAGUGAUGUUGUAGAUUACACUGUUAUUUACAGUAUGAUGUGAUAGAGACACUAACCUUACAGAAAUACAUACAGAUGUUUGUAUUUCCCUCCCCAUCCCUCGUCUGCUUCUCUCGACAGCGUGGACACAAAUGCUAACAGGAUAGGAAAUGUAUCUAUGAUCUAUACAAUAACAAUAUACUAUAAGUAAAACGUAUAAGCGUGUCUUCAUAUGGGAACCUCGUCUGUUGACGCGCUCAUAGAUGAUGAUGACGACAUUUGAUCAGUGGAGGCCACCGUACGGCGAAGGGAGUAUUUGUUGUAAAUUUCAGUCUCUCCUCUAGAUGUCACUAGAAACUACAAACUAACCAUUUCAAGUCCAGUUUAAACUGCGUUCUUUGUAUCGUAGUGCAGUCAGAUGUUUGUUUUGUGACAGCCCAACAUUGUUCCUCUUCAAGUGAUAACUGUCUCUUUUAAACCACAGGACAGAGUCAGUGUGAGCUUGACUUGAUCAAAUGUAGGUUAUCAGCACAGUCACACAGUGUCUGUGCUCUCAGCUCUCUGUGGAUCGCACAUCACACACACAUCAAGACAAGAUAAAUACUUCAUCUGUGACCCACAUCAUGGCGAUAUAUGAGGCUCAGUGAGCGGAGCUCCGCAGUGUUUGCACCUCCGCUCCUCCGCUGUGUUCUCUCCCUCCGCGGCGGCAGCGGCAGCAGCGCGUCCUCCUCCUCCGCCGCCUCCUCCUCCUCCGCCUGGAUUCGAGUCACCUCCGCUCUCCAUCUUCCAGAGAAAAGAGGAAGGAGGAGAAACGACAAACACAGUGAGAGGGUGCGACAGGCGCGGGAAAGUAACUCUCACAGCACGGAUGAACAACACGGCGUCUACGACAUAUUAAAGGACUCUGCUUGAGGCAGCGAACAAUCCCCAGGGAAGGAAAGUUCAGCUUGGUCUUUAACUGAUUUGGAUCCUGACUGCUCAUCAUGCUCCUCCUGGGGUCCUGACUCCACAGUCUUCCAGAUUCCCUGAUCAGUCCCCUUCCAAAACGUCCUCUGGUCCCUCCACUCUCCUGCUGAGGUGAUGGCGGUGCCCUCAGCCCAUGAGUUUUACUGGCAGAAUCUGGCACGACUGCCCAGCGGCCGCGUCUACCACACUCUGGUGGAGGUGGGGGGGCAGAUGUACAUGCUAGGAGGCUGCGACGCUGCGGGAAGGCCUUGCCCCGGCCUGGAGCUCUAUUCUCCUGAGGAGGACCGCUGGAUAAGUUUGGCCCCGAUGCCCACCCCUCGUGCUGGGGCUGCUGUGGCAGUUCUUGGAAAGCAGAUCCUGGUCGUGGGAGGAGUGGGUGAGGACCAGAGCCCUGUGAAGGUGGUGGAGCUAUACAACAUAGAUGAAGGGAGGUGGAGGAGGAGGAGUGCACUGCGGGAGGCCCUCAUGGGUGUGUCCAUCAUUGUCAAAGAUGCUCGAGCUCUGGCUGUGGGUGGGAUGGGUGACGACCUGCUCCCUCGUAGCAUCCUUCAGCAGUAUGACCUUCGAAAGGACGUGUGGGCUCUGCUUCCUCCAAUGCCGACGCCACGCUACGAUGCUAACACACACCUGCUGGGCAACAAACUCUAUGUGGCAGGUGGCCGUCAGUGUAAAAGACCAGUGAAGGCCUUUGAAAUGUACGACGCAGAGACACGUUCUUGGACUACACUGCCCAUGAUGCCUUGCAAGCGUUCAUACGGUGGCGUGAUAUGGGAUGCAGCUGGGAGGCUGUGGCUGCUCGGAGGACUGCGUCAAGGGGGAGGACACCAUAGCUCCAAGUUCACCAAGAACGUCAACAUGUUUGACUCCAACCAAGGUAUGUGGUUGAAGACGGACGAGACGGUGGCACUGAAAACUAAGAGAGCCGACUUUGCCGCCGCGUUCCUCCGCGGCCGAAUGGUUGUCGCGGGAGGACUUGGUCACGAGCCCUCGGCUCUGGACACAGUGGACGCUUUUCAUCCUCAGAGGAAGAAGUGGGAGAGAUUGGCUCCCAUGAACUUCCCUCGCUGCUCUGCCUCCUCCAUUGUCAUUCGAGACCGCCUCUUGGUGGUGGGCGGAGUCAACCAGGUUCCCAGUUCAGCACAUGAGAUCCUCUACGUCAAAGAAGAAGAGUGUCUGUAGAUCAUGUUCACUGAUCCUCUGCACGAUCCUCCUGAAUCAGACUGUGCAAAGUCAAAUGUGUACGCAGCACUGACCACACUGAGGGAGAUGGAGUCUAAGUGAAAGACGGUGUAACAGGUAAUACUGCCCCCUGCUGGGCUUGACCGACACUGACGCCCACAUGGAAGCACACUGUGGAGGAGCUGGCUCUCUCUUUACACCAAACCCAUGUGUCCUGACACUUUGUGACGUUGUACGUUGUAGUGCAGACCUGGAGAUGAGCACAUUGUGUAGCAGUCGUGUUCAGCAUGUGGACAGAGACUGAAUAGAAGACUUUUACAGCAUAUAUGCAUUUCCUGUAUGGUUUAGUGUCUUCAUUCGUGUGCAGCUUGCUAAUAACUUAGCAUACAGUAUGUAGAUAGUGUGAUUUCUAAUGUAGCCUCAUUUCCUCAUAGCUUUGUGUCUUUAUGCAGGUCCAUAAGAAGUACAGUAUGACCUUGACCUGUGAACGCCAAUGUGUGUGAAAUUUUUCUUUCUGGAAUCUGACAUACGCUAAAAAAGUGCAUAUUGCAGUGAAUUUCAGACAGACCAUAAAAAAAAUCAAACCACUAAAAGUUUAUUUAAUUUCAUUGAUUCUAUCAGUUUAAAUAAUCUUAUAACAUUUCCCAGCAUGUUUGAUGUUCUACAAAAAUGAAUGAAUACACAGUUUCCUCCUCUAAUAUAGGAACAGUGAGGCCAAUUCCUUUAUUUUUGUCACAGACUGAAAACAUUUGGGUUUGACAUCAAAAGAUUAACAUUUCAGCUUUUACUUGCAGGUAUUUACAUCUGGAUGUGAUACACAACAUAGAAGAUGGCACUUUUUGUUUGAACCAACCCAUUUUUCAUGUGAGCAAAAGUAUUGGAACCGAUAGACUUCAAAAGGAUUAAAGUGAAUAAGACUUAACAUGUAAUUGCAAAUCCUUUGACUUCAAUAACUGCAUCAAGCCUGUGACUCACUGACAUCACCAAACCUGUGCAUUCUUCUGCUGUGAUGCUCUUCCAGACGUUCAGUUGUUUGUUUUGGGGGUUUCCUCCCUUCAGUGCCCUCUUCAGCAGGUCAAAUGCAAGUUGAAGUGGAGUGUGGAGUUGACUUGGACAGUCUGAUGAACUCCUGUGUGUAUUUGGGCUCGUUGCUGCAUGGUGAAGGAUCUCCCCAUCAUCUUAACCCCAUCAUUGGCAGACAAAAUAUUUCUGUAGACUUCUGAGUUCAUGUGUUACAUCAUCAGUGAAGAUUAAUGAGCCCAUCCCAGAAGAAGCCAUCAUGACAUGACCUCCAAUCAUGAGCAGAUCAAGUCUUUCCCCAAACUUUAGUCUUUCCAUCACUUUGGUAAAAGUUCAUCUUUGUCUCAUCAGUCCAUAAAACUUCCUGUAUUUCUUGCUAAUGAGUGGUUUGCAUCUUCUGGUGCAGCCUCUGUACGUUUGUCCAUAAAGUCUUCUUUGAAC